CAUCUGCAAUGAGUGCUCUAGUUCCAUCCUCAAUUGCAUUGAGUGGUAAGCUUAAAAAUAUUUUUAUUGCAUCCUUCAAAAAACCUGUUCAUUUACAUCUUCAGCUGCUACAAGUGUCCCACAACCUCUACAACAACUACAGAUUUAGGGUCCAGCACCCUAGACCAAUUAGUAAUCGGUCAUUUUUGCGGUGGGUCCGGUUAGGAGGGAAUGAUGGUGAAUCAUUCAGCUGGGCCUAUCAUCCUCCUAACAGGAUUGCUGGGAGCUACAGUAGAAGAGGAAGCCUUGGAGGAGGUCGUGGGCAAAGAUGGAAUGGUGGCGGCCUUGUCGUGAAUGGUGGCAUUCACUAUUACUAGGCGCCACCAUUCCUAUUUUGUUUUUUUUAAUAAAUAUAUAACAUUAUCAAGUUUGUUUUCCAUUUUGUCCUAAUUUUUACAAAUAUUGCCAUUUGA